AUGUUCAAGUCCAACGAGUACAUCCCAUGCUACGGCAGCGAAUGCACCAAAUUCGGCGUAAACCGGGAAUCCUCAUUCCGCCACCUCACCUUCAAGGUCACCGUCAACUACAUCUACGUCGACGACCCGCGCCGCCGGCAGCAUUCCGCGGGCCCCGUCGGCACCCAGCAGGGACACCCCCGCCUGGUUCUAGACUGCUUCGCGGGCGCCGCGAGCCGCGCAAUGAAUCAGAUCAAAAACGGACCCAGGGUCGUCGGCCCUGCGAAGAUCGACAUAAAACUCGGCGAUUUUGAGCUCAGUGUUGGCGAUGACGCGCAGCCUGGGCAUUGGAUUGCGCCGGGUUUGUUGAGGAGUCCGACGAUGGUUCCAGUCCAUGUUAUGGAGAAAGUAAAUAAAGCUAAUGAGGCGCUUGCUGGGCGGAAUCCGGUGCCUGGGUGUGGGUAUCAGAGUCAGUUGACUACGACUGGGGAGGUGGUUGUGCUCCUCUGGGUGGAGAGGCGCAGAUAG